AUGUUGCCUUAUAGACAAGUGAAGAUGCCAUUAUGUGCAAGGCUUUCCCCACCCCCUAAAAGGACUAGCCCUGGAAUGGUUCUCCUCCUUGCCCCUUACUCCAUCGAUUAUUUCGACACUCUCUCCCAUCUCUUCGCCACCCAUUUCGCAGGAAGCCACCCUCGCGAAGCCACACCUUUGUCCUUCCUCAACGUCAGACAGGAAAAAGACGAGAUGCUAAGGGCCUUUAUAGACCGCUUCAGAAAAGCUGCCCUCCGAAUGCCAAACUUAACCCAGGAAAUGAUCUUACAAUGCAUGGCCCUCACACUUAAACCCAGCCCAUUCACCGAUAACAUCUAUCUCCGACCACCGGCCUCUAUGCACGAACUCAAGUUGCGUGUCGCCGAUUACAUACGUAUGGAGGAAAUGAAAACCCUACGCACCAAAUUCUGUACCGACUACACGCCCUCAGUUCCUAAAAUCGACAAAACACCCUCAAGAUCAUACUCUAGGCCUAAAGAGCCUAGACCACCCCAAUUUUCGAGAUACGUCCCCCUAAGCGUUCCCUGGUCCCGCCUCCUAAACGAAGCCCUGCAAGCGGACCUUAUCCCUCCACCCCGCAAAACCCUCAACCCACCCAACGCGGACAUGACCAAAUAUUGCAAGUACCAUCGCAACAAUGGCCAUACUACAUACGAGUGUAAGGCGCUACAAGAUACGAUUGAAGAGUUGAUACGCAUUGGCCACCUGCGAAGAUUCCUCAAAUGCAUUUUAUGA